AUGGCGGAUAAACAAGCACUGGAAAGUAAAGAAUUCGAUCCAACAGAAUUCCAACACACACGAUAUAAUCCUUUGAAAGGAGAGUGGGUUCUUGUUUCUCCUCAUCGUAUGAAAAGACCCUGGAAAGGCCAAGUUGAAAAAAACUCAGAAGACGAAAUCCCACGUUGGGACGAGAAAAACCCACUCUGUCCUCGAGCUACUAGAGCCAGUGGCAACGUUAAUCCAGAUUAUUCAAGUACGUUUGUGUUUGAAAAUGACUUUCCAGCUUUGUUACAGGGUGAUUCACCUCCUCCAGGCCAGUCAAGUCACCACUUGUUACAAUGUAAACCAGCUAAAGGAACWUGCAGAGUGAUGUGUUUCCAUCCUUGGUCUGAUGUCACUUUACCUCUAAUGUCCAUUCCUGAGAUUGUCAGUGUCAUACAAGAGUGGAUAAGACARUUUAAUGAACUCAGCAAGACUUACAGAUGGGUCCAGAUAUUCGAAAACAAAGGAGCAGUUAUGGGUUGUUCUAAUCCCCACCCACACUGUCAAAUUUGGUCUAGCUCAUUUCUACCCAACGAACCUGCUCAAGAGGAAGCCCGGCAAAAAGAGUACAUGGCAAACCAUGGUAUACCAAUGCUUCUGGAAUAUGUAAGACUAGAAUCACUGCAAAAGGUUCGCAAUGUCGUUGAAAGUGUUCAUUGGCUUGUUGUAGUGCCAUAUUGGGCAGUAUGGCCUUAUGAAGUUCUGUUACUACCAAAACGUCAUGUACUGCGGCUAACAGACUUGACUGACGCAGAACAACAAAGUCUUGCAGAAAUUAUGAAACAGCUGUUGACGAAGUACGAUAAUCUAUUCGAGACAUCAUUYCCGUAUUCGAUGGGCUGGCACGGUGCUCCAACUGGCGAAGAAGACACAGAAUGUAGUCACUGGCAACUKCAUGCACACUAUUAUCCCCCGUUACUUCGCUCAGCUAGC